CUAAGACGCCGCACGGUGGCGCAGUGGAGAGACUCAAACAGAGCCCUGCUGUUUUCUUUUUUUCUUUUCUGGAAAACAUCAAUGGGGACGGUGGAUUUGCAUGUCCGGCCGCCUGUGCCAAUGGGCGCACUGGGAAGGCUGGGUUAGCGGGUGGAGCCGGGGGAAGCAGUUCAGUUAGUGCACAGUCAACAAGCAAAGCAUCCGAGAUUACUACAGAUACACCAAUUUCACCGAAAUCUCCCUUAAAUCGCUGUUGUGAACAUAUUUUUUUUUUUCAAAUUUUGUGUGUGAAAGUGCGUUUGUGUGUGUGCAGCCACCGUGUUGAUUUGCAGCUCCACAUCGCCUCCAUACAUCGCUUUCACAGUGCGGAUGAAGAAGAUUUUGUGAAAUUACCAUUUGCAGAUUUAUAGGCCGGUAUAUUUCUGUCCGGGGUCCUGGAUUUACACAGAGGAGGAGCGGGGAGCCGAUCAUCCGUCGUUCUCUUGGUACCAGGGAGCACGUGACCCCGGAGAUGAAUAAGCUUCGGCAGAGCCUGAGGAGGAAGAAGCCCACCUAUGUGCCAGAGGCCAGCAGACCGCAUCAAUGGCAGGCUGACGAGGAGGCUGUACGAAAGGGCAAAUGUAACUUCCCUGUUCGGUAUCUGGGGUUGGUUGAGGUGGAGGAGUCAAGAGGGAUGCAUGUCUGUGAGGAGGCAGUGAAAAAGCUCAAAGUUAGUGGGAAAAAGACAGUCAAGGCAGUUUUAUGGGUUUCAGCUGAUGGACUCAGGGUGGUGGAUGACAAAACUAAGGACCUCAUUGUGGACCAGACCAUAGAAAAGGUUUCAUUCUGCGCUCCAGAUCGUAACUAUGACAAGGCCUUCUCUUACAUCUGCAGAGAUGGUACUACCAGACGGUGGAUGUGCCACUGCUUCAUGGCUCUCAAAGACUCGGGAGAGAGACUGAGCCAUGCAGUUGGCUGUGCCUUUGCCGCCUGUCUGGAGAGAAAGCAGCGUAGGGAGAAGGAGUGCGGCGUGACGGCUUCCUUUGACGCCAGCCGCACCUCAUUUGUGCGUGAGGGCUCCUUCCGCGCCAACUCUUCCUGCAGCCAGCAGGGCAGCAGCAGCGAGCGAGAUGACAAGCUGCCGGACAAGAAGAAAGACCAACCUUCUACAAUCCCAGCCCUCCCACCUGGCACUGCUUCCCCUCCUGAGGGUGCAGCAUCCCCCAUGGAACGGCCAGAACCUGGUGGGCCUCACGCCAUCCCUCGCCGCCACGCACCCAUCGAGCAGCUGGUCCGUCAAGGCUCUUUCCGGGGAUUCCCAGCCCUCAGUCAGAAGAAUUCUCCCUUCAAGAGGCAGCUGUCGCUCCGCCUCAAUGACCUGCCGUCAACACUGCAACGCAAGACCGACUUUGAGGCCAAAAACCCUGAGAUGGACAUGGGGCUGCCAGGUGAGGGUGACAGUAGUAUAAAUGCCCUGUGUUGCCAGAUCAACACCUCUUUCACCAAGCCAUCAGAUGAGCUUUUCUCCAACCCUUCUUUGUCUGCAAAUGGCCCUCCAGCUUGCACUAUGCCCCCCGUUUUACCUCCGCCACCUGCAGCUAUGCAGGCUACUUCUUCCUGGGUGCAGCCAGAGCCUUCACUCCACUCUCCUCCUCCAGUUUCAGCAGCGAUGCAGUUCCAGAGUGGACACAAGCGCACACCCUCCGAGGCUGAGAGAUGGCUGGAAGAGGUCUCGAAGGCUGUCAAGGCUCAACAGACACCACCCCCAGGACCCACCAUCCCCACCAUUCCUGGGCCACCCUCCAUGUCAAGUCAGCAGAUGUCCUGUCAGGCAGCCAUUUCAGCUGCACAAGUGUCUUCUGUUCCCAUGCCCCUUGGAACCAUGUCCAAACCUCUCAUCUCAGGCUCUUCUGCUCUCUCAAGUCAGGCACCGAUGCCCCUCCCACCCAUGUCAAUAUCAUCCGUUCCUCUAAUACCAGGCCCUCCAGUGUCAGGCCCCCCUAUGUCUUUGCCUUCAAUGUCUAUUCCCACUAUGUCUGGUCCAAGCAUGUCAGGGGCCCCCAUGAUCCAACCUUCCCUCCCUGGACCUCCAGGCUCCCUUCCAAGCUCCAUGCAGCCCUUCCCUUUGGCUUUCGAUGCAACUCCAGCCCCUGUUGGAAUGUUUGCCAGUCAGCCUGUCCAACCGGGAUUUGUGCCCAUGCAGACCUACAUGCCAGGCCUGGCCAGCAGUAUGACCUAUCCCAACGCCAGCGUGCCUGUGGUAGGCAUCACACCAUCGCAAAUGGUGGCUAAUGUCUUCUGCACUGCUACAGGCUCAUCUGGUGCGGGUGGGGCCAUGGGCUCAGCCGGGGGAGGACCCAAAGUGGGGGCCCUUGGAACAGUUGGGCAGCACCAUUCUCACGCAGGAGCACCUGGUGUGGUCGGACACACUGGAGGGUUUACCACACCACCAUUCUCUUCCAAUCCACCGGUAUCAACAGCCAUUAAUGGGAUCCCACUGCACAGCAGCAUCAUGAUGGACCUCCAGAAUGGGACCUCCAGCACUGGCAGUAAUGGUGGCAGUAGUAGCAGCUGGCCGCCAGAGGGCAGCCAGCUUACAGUUUCAGCAGCCAGUGAUGCCCAAGAUGAUGAUCGUUUUGAGGCCAAGUGGGCAGCACUGGAGGCCAAACCAGCACCUCAGCAGCCUGGGAAUAAGGCACCAGCUGCAGCAGCUAAUCCAUUUUCCAACAAUCUUCAAAAAACUUUUGAGAUUGAGCUUUAACUCAGAGUUGGCCACCCAAAGCUGUAUCUCUGGACGGAGAAGGCCGGGCGCUAAUUCCAGCGUUGCUCUUAUAGCAUGCUGGUCCUUAAAGUUAGUCUAGCAUCUGACUUGUGGCAGCCUAGCAACUUGCUAAAAGCUCUCAAGGGAGUCAAUGUUAUAAUGAUCUUAAUUUCUUUAUUUUUAAUUCCCACGAGAGAUUGGGAGCAAGUUGGCAGAUUGCUGGGCUGCCAUUGGAGGAUCAGGUCUCUAGCUCACUAGACUUGAUGAACUGAAUCCUUCCACUCCACCCAGUACCCAUUUCUUGUCCCUGCUUUACUUCUCCACUCUGGCUUUACUUUACCUGCAGCAAGUCCCUAGAUGUACUGUGUGUGCCACCCAGAGAACAUUGUGCGGGGGCACAGCUUAGUGGUUUCUUUCUUUAAAGGGGGACUCCACUCAGAUCCAUUCCAAACCCAUGAGAUGUUUGUUUUUUUGUCUGGUGGAUAUCUUGGUGGAUAUGGCUACAAAUUGUGAAGAAAAGCAGAGAAGUGAUUUGUUGACUUCUGAUCAGACUGUUGCUGAUCUUAACCAAGCACAGCAAAGGUUUGGAUACCUGAAAGGACUAGCCAAUGAUGUAAGACCCGGCCCUACCAACUCAAAAAGGACUUAAUGACUAAUAGUAGAGAUGUAUGGCCAAAAUUAUUUUAUUUAUUGUAUUUCUUUUUUCUCAUUUUAACAAGUUAUAUAUACUUAAAAAUCAAAUUUUUAAAGCAGCUUUUCAGGAGAAUUUUCAUCCCCUAUAUUUAUAUUUGUUGAACUGCAAAGAGGAGGGAAACUACAGGUAGCAAACAGGUAACUGGUGUGACUGGGCAGCAGCAGAGAGAAACUGAGUCAUGUAACAGGAACCAAAUAGCAAGGGCUGACAGUAUAGUUGUGUUUAGUGCAACAUGUGAGACAGUAAGUGUAUAUAGUGGCAUGUUUCUUCCACCCCAUAGCCCUCACAUAUAUACACUCCACUGCUGGGGAAGUUAAUUAAGUCAUUGUGGCUUCACUUUGGCUCUGUAGGUAAUUUCUUUUGCUGAAGGGUUACUGGGACAUGAAAUAUCGCUUCAGGAUAUUCAGCACACAGACACUCUGGACAAUACAGCACAACAGUCCUCUGGACUCCAUCUUCUCACGACAAAUCCAAGGAACUUCAACAACUCAGUGGAAACAAAAACACUCUACAACACUGUGCAACUGGUUGAAAAAAUGAUGCACUGCAUUCCAACAUUCAUAGAUCCUUUAAUGUGUUGAAACACAGGGUAUAGUCUCAUCACAUAUUGAGUAAUUGUGUAAUCUCCUUUAUUACUGCUGUUUAAGUUGCAGUGGUACUUCACUCUUAUCAGAUUUUGGGACUGGUGAUUAGAGGUGAAAAGAGAAGAGGAACAUGAGCAGACGCACUGAGGCAUGGCAAAUAAAAGAACUGAGAGAAAAAUAUUAUUUAUUUCUGAUGCAAAAUAAUUAAAGUCAAUUGAGUGACCGAUUAAGGAAGAAAGAUUAUAGAACAGGAAAAGAAUAGAUUGCUAGAGGAAAGAAGAAAGACUUACUUGAAUGUGAGAGACCGAAGGAGAGAAUGGAGUUAUAUCUUUCAAAAAUGAAGUGGAGGAAGUCUGAAGAGCGGAAAAUGGGGUAUGAAAAAAAAGAAUAUAUUGAGAACAAAGACAUAUUCAUCACGUAGCCCACAAUGUGAGUACUGUCUGCUGUUGUUACACCUUUUUGUCUCAAGGCCAAGCCAUUUCAGCAUUGUGUUCCUCAUCUCCUAAAACCUCCCAAACAACACAUUUGAUCACAUUUUUUAAAAAUAUUGCUUGUUGUAUAAUUACAGUCUCAAAAACAAGAUUUUUCCUAAGUACAUGCAACUCCCUAUAGAGUUCAAACUUCAGUAAUGUCAACAAAGCUUUCUGUGUUUUAACUUGCAGUUUCUGGCAUGAUUCAUAAAAGUUCAGGUCUGUUCAAGAGGAUGUAACAUUACAAAGUAGAAAUGUUCUGUAUAGAAGGGCUUUUCCAUGUGAUGUGUCGCGAACCUUUGAUUUCUGUAUGUUCUGUAGAAACUCUAAUCUGACCAGAGAUGCUGCUGUGGAUAUGGACUGCCACUGAUUAGGUUUCCUGCUCAUUAACUUCUCACAGUUUGUUUAGCUUAUUGUGUCUCUUCCUGUGGCAGUGACCUUGUUUGAUAGGCUGCCUUCUUAGAGAACUUAAAUUUAUGUGCCACCAGCCUAAUUUAUACCAUCUCGGGUCCUCCCAGGGUUUUGUCCUUCGUUUCUGGACAAAUCAAUAUUUCUUAACCGCCAAACAAAUGCAAAUGGAUUUCUCGACCCGCCUCUCUCUACGAGACAAGACUGAUUCAUUCAUGAAACUUCUGUUUCAUUGAAAACAUAUUUUAGCCCUUGACUCUUAUUUGCACGCCCUCCAAAUUAUAUAUGUAGGUUAAUUGUGUUCAGCGUUAAAGCAAACUAAAUGACCUCAUAAACUUGAUUGUAAAACCAUAGUUUAGUGAUGGUAACAAAGCAAACCAGUGGAAUUUAUUUUUAAUCUUUAUUUACAGAAUUUUUGUAUUUAAACCUACAUAUUUGUAUUGUAAUUACAUUGUACAAAAGAUAAAUAAAGUAAUAUAAUAUUA